AUGGAACAACUCAAACGGCUAAAGGGAGUGAGGGGCCGUCUCAAAUCCAGCCUCACUAAACUGCUACACACAGCAGAAAACUCUUCCGCAUCAAUCGGCGUUGACGCCGUGGAGGUACUGCUAGUCAGGCUCGACAAGGUUUGGAAUGAUUUCGAACUUGCCGGAGAUGAUCUGAGCGUGCUUGACGACGUCGAGGGCUGGGUUGAUCCUGCGAAUGACUACGACGAGUAUGAGGCGAAGUACAUAAAAGCCCGUGCGCUUUUGUUUUCCCUCAAGCGCUCACAGGAGCCGACAACACCAACAACAACGAGACAUGCAGAAGGAGAUUCAAUAGCUAACAACGACGCUAUUUCUCGCUUAGUGCAGCAACAACAAGGGUUUUUCGAACGCCUAGGAGCAACUUCAACACCAACCCCGGCUGACGCCGCGGCGCCAAUACAAAAGUACCACUAUCUAAAAUCGUUCCUCGUGGACGAGGCUGCAAGUUUGGUACGCCAUUUGCCGAUUUCUGAGACGGCAUAUGACAACGCUUGGGAGCGCCUCAACGAGAGAUACGAUCGACCACGGCAAAUUAUUCACAACCUGUUGGACACCUUUAUGGAGCUACCAUCGACUAAUAAUGGAGAGGUAUCCAUAUUGCGUAGCAUAUCAGAUGGUGCAAAUGAGGUCAUCCGUGCAUUGGACUCAAUUGGCCAUAUGGACCGAGACUGCUGGGUUAUCCAUUUAUUGCUGAAUAAAAUCGAUCCAGAGUCACGCCGCAAAUGGGUAGAUGCAAGCCGUGCUUCAAAUUCACCAAAAGUCGAAGAGUUCUUCAAGUUCCUGGAUGCACGAUGUGAAGAAUUUGAGCUGUGUCAAAGCGAACCUGUACCGAGACAGGGUGGUAACAACAAGAAGACAAGCAGAGCCAUGGUAACUGCUGCGCUGACAAAAUGCGUUAAUUGUAAUGCGGAUGGGCAUCAACUGUCUAAGUGUCCUCAAUUCAUUGGUUUGUCUAUCGACCAACGCCGUUCUUUUGUAAAGCACAAAUCUCUCUGCUUCAACUGUCUCAAACCAGGUCACAGGUCAUCAAACUGUAGCUCAAAGUACAACUGUCAGCAGUGUGGCAGCAGACACCACACACUCAUACACACGCAUGCUAUGCAGACCAACGAGGGUCAAAUCAUAUCCACGUCUUCAAGCGAUCACAAGGAUCCAGACACGACAUCGGUGACUGCGAGUCACAUGUCACAGGCACUACUCACGCCAACCCUAUUGUCACAUGGGCAAGUAGGACGAACAUGUACUUUGCCAACUGCAUUGGUACACAUCCGCAACUCUCAAGGCACAUACACAAACUGCCGGGUGCUACUCGACACGGGCUCGGAGUUAUCAUAUGUAUCGGAACGCUGUAUUAAGGCACUGGGUCUUAGUCGGGUUCCUGGCCGAAUUCUCAUUUCCGGCAUUUCUUCAAUCAAGGCCGAUACCACGAGGGGAUUCAGCACACUCACGAUCAAGUCUCGAGUUUCUGAUCACUCGCUACAAGUAAAAGCUCAUAUUCUAGGAAAAAUCACAUCUACGCUGGCAAGGGAAAACAUUUAUGCAUCUGCGCUUGAGAUCUUCAAUGGGAUUCCGCUUGCAGACACUGAAUUCAACUCGGCAUCGCCUAUAGACGUCCUACUAGGCACCGAUUCUGUAUGGGCUAUUUUAACCGGCAACAGGAAGCUGGAUGCGCAAGGCAACAUAAUAGCUAUUUCAACAAUCUUUGGAUGGGUUAUCACAUCGAUUGCGUAUCAAAAUCCAUCAAUCACCACGUCAUUUUUGUCUACAGUCGAUAUCCAUGCUACUCUACAAAGGUUUUGGGAAAUCGAGGACUCCCAAAUCACCACUCAUCAUGAUCCUGAAAAUGUUAAGGGUGAAGAGCAUUUUCAAACCACGCACUCACGCGACUCCAAGGGAAGAUACACCGUAGAGCUUCCAUUCAAGGAUGCAGAUCCACAAUUCACUGACACUCUGCAGGGAGCAACCCAACGCUUUGCUUCUGUGGAGCGCCGUCUACAUAGAGACACAGAUCUGCACUCACGGUAUGUACAAUUCAUGCAAGAGUAUAUUUCUCUAGGCCACAUGCGCCAAUUGAACCCUGAGGAAAUUCUCACCAACAUGCCACAUCACCCUGUACUUGAAAAGAAACUACCAGUAGUUUUUGACGGUUCAUUCCAAGAUUCUUCUGGUCAAUCUUUAAACGACGCCCUGAACGUUGGGCCGAGCAUUCAACGAAACCUGUUCGAUGUAUGCGUACGCUUUCGUUUAAAUAAAUACGUUUUUUCUGCGGACAUUAUCAAGAUGUUCAGGCAAAUUUUGAUCAACAAGCAUCACCGCAACUAUCAACGUAUCGUUUGGAGAGAACAUCCUUCAGCUCCACUUCUACAUUACCAACUCUCCACUGUAACCUAUGGCACUGCGUGUGCACCAUUUCUGGCUGUACGGGUUCUCGAGCAACUGGCCAGAGACUACCAACAUUUGCAUCCAACUGCUGCGCGCAUUCUUCUUGAAGAUUUCUACGUUGACGACGUUUUAACAGGAGCUGACACCGAGGAAAAGCUUCUACAAUACAAACAAGAACUAAUUCAACUAAUGUCAUGUGCUCAACUCGAGCUUGGAAAAUGGAUUUCCAACAGCAACCGCGUUGUCGACCCUGAGACAACAAUCACAAACAAUACAUCAUACAGUCCACUCGAAACUACGAACAAGGUUUUGGGAAUUCAUUGGCAACCGCACACGGACACAUUGGCAUACAAGGUAUCUUUGCCCAGCGAGGGAAAGAUUACAAAACGGCAAGUUUUAUCAGACGUGUCUCGCAUUUUCGACCCACUUGGAUUGCUGGCUCCAGUGGUUAUUCAAUUCAAAAUCCUGUUCCAAGAACUUUGGGUUCUCAACUUAGACUGGGACAGCCCGCUACCGCUCAGCCUGGAAGAUUGGUAUCUCAAAUGCAAGCACGAUAUCAACACGCUCAAUGAACUUGAGGUUCCACGCUACAUUGGCACCUCUACUGACACAAUUGAAUUGCACGCCUUCUCGGACGCAUCUAUAAAAGCCUACGCCGGUGCCGUUUACAGUAGAGUCACUCUCCCUGAUGGUAACAUACAGGUUACUCUUAUUGCUGCAAAGACUCGUGUAGCACCGCUCAAGACACAAUCACUUCCACGCCUGGAAUUGUGCGGCGCACUGCUACUAAGUCGACUCAUCAACUCAGUCUAA